AUGCCUCUCACAUCCUCCAAUCGCUCAAGUCUCACACACGAAGACACCAUAGAAGCCCUAGCCGCCCUGCUAACCCAAUACUAUACCCUCCAACUUCUCCUUCCCUCACACUCUACAGCACAAAUAUCUCAACCCCCUCACACACCAUCACCCUCUAUUACAUCCCAAUGGCAAAACGCUGGAAUGAGUGAUCUCGUCAUCGAGACUCUAAAGCAAUUACCCUAUCUCUCCGGGGAGGGGUCCAGAGAAAUAGCGCCAGAUACACGAGCAUUAGACUACCUAAACGCCGAGAGCGAGGCAUUGGAUGUAUGGAAAGAUCCUUUCUGUCUAAGCGAAGAGGGAAAAGAGAAAACAGAAGGGUAUCUGGGGAAUGCCAUCCCAUUGACCAGUUGUAUUGGAAGGGAUGGUUGGUUAUUGUUGCUGGAUCUUGAUACUAACAACAUCUACGAGAUCAGAGACAAAGACCUCCAGGAAGAACCUACACAAGCACCUCCAGAAAACGCACCAAAACACCACUUUAAACAUCUUCCUCACAAACCUGCACUCUCAGUCCUGAAAAGCUGGAUCGAAAAGACAAAGAAACUUGACUGGGUACCUGAUCCUGAAACUGGAAUAUGGUUACAGAAACAUGAGGAUGAACUGGAAGAGACGGGAAGGUACGAUGCCUUGAAGCAGUUGUAUUUUGAUUGUGGAUGGCCUGAGAGGUUUGAUCAGGAAGCUUUCUUGGCGAGGUAUACGUUGUUGAGCAGAUCCCGUGGAUGGGACGAUUGA